AUGAGGAUCAGCUCCAUCGUCUCUACGGCCAUCCUGGCGUCGUCUGCCUGGGGUCUCCCGACGGUCCAGCCCCGCGACGAUCUCGCCGCCGACGAGGCCCGGUUCUCCAAUCUCACGGAGAGCAUCAAGGCUGACGUGCUCAAGUCGCUGGACGAGCGUGAGGAGAAGCUUCGCAAGCGCGGCGAGACGGCCUCCUGCACGGCGAGGAACCUGGUCUUCCGCCGCGAGUACGGUUCUCUGUCCCAGGAAGAGAGGCUUGCGUACGUCAACGCGGUCAAGUGUCUCCAGCAGUUGCCCGCGCACACGCCGGCGAAUGUUUCUGCGGGUGCACGGUCGCGGUUUGAUGACUUUGUUGUCAUUCACAUUCAGUCGACUCUGUUCAUUCACUACACGGGCAACUUUAUGCCAUGGCAUCGCUGGUUCGUCCACCUGUACGAGAAGGCAUUGAGGGAUGAAUGUGGUUAUACUGGCUACCAGCCGUACUGGGAUUGGCCGAAGUACGCUUCGGCUCCCGAGAAGUCUCCCAUUUUCAACGGAGACCCGUACAGCCUCGGCGGCAACGGGGACUACGUGCCCCAUGAUGGCCCCGUGAUCACCCCGCCCGACGGAGUCGGCGGCGGCAACAUCCAGCUGCCUGCUGGCGUCGGAGGUGGCUUCGUGACCACCGGUCCUUUCGCCAACAUGACUGUCAAUCUCGGCCCCGUCGGUGGUCUGGAAGGAACGGCCGCCGGCCCGGAUGGCGGUCUCGGCUACAACCCCCGCGGACUGAAGAGAGAUGUCGGACCUGCCAUGAACCAGAGAUACGCCAACUACACCACUGUGCUCAACUUGCUUCUGAAGCCCAAUAUUUCCGAGUACCGCCUUCUUUCCGAGGGCGUCCCCUACACAAUCGAGAUUGGCCCUCACGGAGGCAUGCACUACGCGAUCAGCGGUGAUCCGGGCGCCGACUUGUUCACCUCUCCCGGCGACCCUGCUUUUUGGGUGCACCACGGCAUGAUGGAUCGCAUGUGGACCCUCUGGCAAGCGAUCGACCCAGUCAACCGCCACAAGGACCUCAACGGAGGAGACUAUGGGCACCUGACCUGGGCUAACGAGCCACCUUCCAACAAGACUCAGCUUACCGAUGUUAUUGACAUGGGAUAUGCUGGCCCGAAUAUCCAGAUCCAAAAUGUCAUGGAUACGCUCUCCGGCCCCUUCUGCUACUUCUACCUUUGA